CCAGUCCUUUCCUUGCAACUUCGACCAUGUCCGAUAAAAUUCGAGAAUUCAUUGAAAUUCCUCAACAGUUUGUGAGGGAUGGAAACCAGUUCUUAACACGUUGCACAAAACCAUCUCAAAAAGAAUUCCUUCAAAUAUGCAGGGCGGUCGCAGUUGGUUUUGCUGUUAUUGGAUUCAUAGGGUACUUUGUGAAGCUCAUCCAUAUACCAAUCAAUAGCAUCCUUGUCGGCGGGGCGUAGCGCACAUUCUUCGUUCUUUUCUAUCUUAUACUUCUUUGUAUUAUGGUGCUGGUAUUGUUCUUACAACCAUCGACUACUAUCGCUUUGAACGGGCAUGUAUUCAUGCCCUGAAGGAUCAAAAUCACUGAUCCCGUCCG